AUGCUGGUCUACGAGCAGGUCCCGGCCUCAGACCUGGACCACCGGAUGAUCCACCUCCGGGUUUUGGGUGACGGAUCAUUUUGGGAGAAUCCAGUUUUGGGUGAAACCUUCAUCGCUUUGUCGUCUGUGAGAGCGGGUAGCCACUGGGUCGACUGGCACCAGCUGAGGCCUGGACCGGCCCCAGCUGGACCGUCUCUACAGCUGCUAGCCGAUGCUAAGCUAACGUUGCUAACGGCUACAUCCAGAACCCUCGGAGCUGGACGCUGCUCUUCGCCCGGAGUUGUGGAUGAAAUGGCGGCUUCUCGGGGGUCAAUCCCAACUUCACACAGCUGCAUGUCCCCGUCCAGGAUCCACUUCAAACUCUUCAUCCGAAAGAAGUCCCACAACCCCCGCGGUCAUCAGCAGAACCAACCCGGAAAACGCGCCCCUGCCUCGGCCUCAGAUUCUGUGCAGAUCUGCCCCCUGCUCGGACUCCUGUCUUCUGUGGCUCGCCCGGCCCUGUCCCUCCUGCCCCCUCUGCACACUACUAAACCCGAGCAGCGACCAGAGCCAACCCAGACCUGGUUUGACCUGAGCGCACUGGGCCUCCAUACCUCAGAGCACAUGAAGCUGUCCUCCUCUGCUCCUCCCGUCCUGGGGACGGUCCUGGGGCCUCCUCCGAGCAGCGGCAAGUCCUGGUGGAGCGUGGGGGCACUGUGGAGCGGAGCAGAGGAGCAGCUCAGAUCUUCUGUGGAUCUGGUCCACGACCGCCCACUGACAACAGGACCUCUGUGCUCUGGGCUCCAUCACCUGCAUCACCUGCACCACCUCCAUCACCUGCAGGACUUGGGCCACCUGGGGCUGGUCCAGAGCCUCAGUGUCUGUGGAGACAUCUCUGUGUUCACCCCUCAGCAGGAGAACCUCAAAGAACUCCUCCCACAUCAGCAGAAGCUCCUUCCGCAUCAUCAGCAGACCGGUGUCCUCUCCCCGGAGCAGGACCAAGGAUACUGCAGUCUGGAGGAGGAGCUGCUGAAGACUCGACUGAAGCUAGAGACAAAGACAACCGAGGAACCAGAGGAGGAGCUUCACCAGGAGCUCAGUGUUGAGCGGCAGCAGCAGGAGGAAGAGGAGGAAGAGGAGCAGCUGGUCCCGGAGUUGCGCUGCGAUAACAAAGCCAUCGCGUUCAUCAUGGGAUGUCCGUGCAGCGACGACUCUGACAGCAGCGAGGGAGAAGAUGACGACGGCUUUGACAGUGUGUGCUCCUCAGGCUCAGAAGAGGGGGAGGAGGAGGAGGAGGAAGAGGAAGAGGAAGAGAAAGAGCAGCAGGACCUGUGGAGUUCCCUCUGUCACACACAUGACCCGUACAACCUCCAGAACUUCACGGCUGAGCUGAGGUCUUCUGCACCACGAGGAGAGCACUCUGCUCCCAGAGAUAUCCCAGCAGCAGCAACAACAAGAGGUGACGAGGAGGUCCACAACAGCUCCUCAUCUUCAUCUGUGAGCUCCUCCUGCUCCUCCUGCUCCUCCGCUUCCUCCUGGGAUGAAGCCAGUGACACAGAAGAGCAGCACGCCUCCAAACUACUGCAGUCCUUCACUUCCUCAGAUCCCUACAGCCCCCUGAACUUCCAGGCUCCAGUCAGGACUAAGACUGGACCAGAGACCAGGACUGAGACUAGGACUAACUCCAGACCUCCGACCGGAGCAGAGCUGAGGCCGGAGCAGGACUCGACUUUCUCAAAGUGUUCCCAGAGCAACAGCAGAAGCACAAAGAAGGUCCGGUUCCUCCCAGACCCUCAGGUCUUCGUCUUGGACUCGGAGGAUCGCCGCGGGCCCUGGGAGCAGUUUGCACGAGACCGAGCACGCUUCCUCAAACGCUGUAGUGAAAUGGAGGCUGUGAUGGAGCAGUGUCUGCACCCUGAGCACCGGAGGACUGUUUACAAGAGGAUGAGCCAAUUGCAGAGCUAUGGGCUGACUGACAGCAGCAUUAGCCAAUUGGAGCCCUGA